GUUUGCUCACAUCACUAAUUUUAUAUUUAUAAGGAAAGAUGCGCGACGAGAUUUUGGAUCCGCAUAAUUUGGUUAAAAACCGAGAAAUAUUAUACCGGUUAAUGAUAAGCCAGUUAAUGUACGAUGGCUUGGAAAAAUUUGCAAUGGAGCUGUCAAUGCUGGUCAAGGCGGAUCAAUGUGCGCCAAGUGAACGUCUGCUGCAUGUCAUGAUAUCGGGCAUGCAGACAAUGGCUGACAAAGAUAAAACCAACACGGAUGAUGUGCUGCCUGGCAUUGAUCUAGAAUUUGAGCCGGAGGCAUCUGCACUGGCGCCAGAGCCGCAUUCCUAUGAAACUGCAUAUGUUACGUCGCACAAGCAGGCUUGCCGUGCUGGUGCCUUCAGCUUUGAUGGCUCUCUGGUAGCCACGGGCAGUGUGGAUGCUAGCAUCAAAAUAUUGGAUGUGGAGCGCAUGCUGGCCAAAUCGGCGCCAGAGGAUAUCGAGCCUGGUCGCGAACAGCAGGGUCAUCCAGUUAUUCGCACACUGUAUGAUCACACGGAUGAGGUGUCUUAUCUGGAAUUUCAUCCGAAGGAGCAUAUACUAGCGUCGGCCUCUCGCGAUGGCACCGUGAAACUCUUUGACAUUGCCAAGCCUUCGGUGAAGAAGGCGCACAAAGUACUCACCGACUGUGAGCCGGUGCUAUGCGUCUCCUUUCAUCCAACUGGGGACUACAUAGCCAUUGGCACAGAGCACAAUGUACUGCGUGUUUAUGACGUGCACACGACGCAGUGUUUUGUUAGCGCAAUUCCAUCGCAGCAGCACAAGGCAGGCGUCACGUGCGUAAAGUAUUCGCCCACAGCAAAGCUCUAUGCAACGGGAAGCUUUGAUGGCGAUAUCAAAAUCUGGGAUGGCAUCAGUGGGCGGUGUAUUAACACUAUUGCUGAGGCGCACAGCGGGGCGGCCAUUUGUUCCUUGCAGUUUACGCGAAACGGAAAGUACUUGCUUUCAUCUGGCAUGGACUCGAUUGUUUACCUGUGGGAGCUAUGCACCAGUCGACCCAUACAGACAUAUACGGGCGCCGGCACCACCGGCAAACAGGAGCAUCAAGCGGAAGCUGUAUUUAAUCACACCGAAGACUAUGUACUGUUCCCAGAUGAGGCGACCACGUCUUUAUGUUCCUGGAACUCGCGUAAUGGCUGUCGCUUGACACUGAACUCUCUGGGUCACAACGGACCUGUCCGCUACAUAACCCAUUCGCCCAAUGCGCCCGCUUUUCUCACCUGUUCCGAUGAUUUCCGAGCACGUUUUUGGUAUCGCCGUGCUAAUAAUCAAUAGUUGCUAGGAUUCUAAUAAAACUUAAAACUAUUUUACUGUUUA